UAAAAGUAACGUCUCCAUAAGUGAAAUAGCAAUACAAAUUUCAAUUAUCGAAAAAUACUCCUCGUUAUAGCUCGCUAGCUUGACAGAUAGAAGAUCCGAGUAACGAUCAAUGGAUAACAACGAAAAGAGCUUUGACUGGGCGUUCGGGUUGAAUCGACUAACACUGAAGGUGACCGGCUUAUGGCCAUAUGAUAGCAAUAAAUCUUCAAGACCAUCGUUGGCUACACCAAUUAUAACAGCCAGCAUAUUUAUUUUUCUGAUAGUCCCGCAAAUGUAUGCUUUGGUAAAGGUCCGUCGGGAUCUGUCACUUGUUGUUGAUAAUAUCCCCGUUAAUUUGUGCAACUCGAUGGCGGUUGUUAAACUUAUAAUGUUGUGGAAAGGUAGAAAAGUACUGGAAUCGCUGAUAAGUGAGAUGUGGAUAGACUGGCAAUGUACGACUAAAUCAGACAUCGAAACAAGAAUAAUGCAAGUGCAGGCGAAUCACUGCCGACUUAUAUCGUUUAUCGGCUGCGCAUCAAGUAUUGUCAUUACAAUAAUCUGGCUGAUCUUACCGUUAUUUCAUUUGAGCGUACGGACAUUAAGCAACAUCACCGAUCCUGACCCGAUGCGUCUCUUGAUAUUCCAAAGCUACUAUCCGUAUGACGUCUUCGAUUCACCUAUGUAUGAGUUGACUUACCUUCAGCAAUUCAUCGUCGGUAGUCUGGUGCCUUUCAUAUUAUUCGUAGCCGAAAAUCUUUUUCUUACCUUGGUGCUUCACGCCUGCGGCCAGUGCCAGAUUAUCGAGGGUCAAUUUCAACAGCUGGGUAAUAACAAUUGUUCCGCAACAUCCCGUUAUUUUGAUAGCCGUAUACGACAAAUCGUCAAUCGUCACGUUCGACUUAUUCGUUUCGUUGACAAUAUAGAAAUUCUGUUUAGCUAUUUAAUUAUCACGCAAACAGUUGUUCUUAGCCUGGUCAUUGGCUGCUUCGGAUUUACAGCAUUGAUGCCUGUUGACGACGAGUUCGAAAUAUGGCAAAUGAUUACUAGGACAGUUUCACCAUUGAUCUUACUGAUGUAUGUCUUGGUUGAUUGUGGAGGUGGGGAAUAUCUCAUUUUUCAUAGUUCCAGGCUACUCAGUGCCACUUACGAAACCAACCUGUCGUCGUUGCGAAAAGAUUACGGUCGUGAUAUCAUCGUGAUCAUGAUGCGUUGUCAGAUACCGUUGCAACUUACUGCAGGGAACUUCUAUAUUCUAACUCUGAAUAAUUUCCUACAAUUGGUGAAGAACAUAGGUGCCUACAUGUCCAUGCUGAUAACUGUAAAUCAGUAA